AUGGCCAUGCCGCCAGUCAGAGGCGGACCAGGACGAGGACCGGAAUGGGGGGGACCAGGAAGGGGACGAUACGGCAUUCCUGGCAAACGCCCCAAUGCCGGUUGUACCCCAGAUAGAAUCAAGGUCCGCAAGGAUUUCGACUCGAUGGCUCCUCAAGAACGCAAAGCCUAUACCGACGCCAUCAAAUGCCUGGCGAGCAAGCCUUCGCAACUCGAUCAAACCCUCUACCCUGCCGCUACCAACCGUUACAUGGACUAUGCCGUUAUUCACGUCAACCGGACAAGAGAGGUCCAUCUAUCUGGCUUCUUCCUGACCUGGCAUCGCUAUUUCCUCCAUCUGUUUGAGGAAGACCUGAAACACCAGUGUGGCUACGUCGGUGCAUUCCCCUACUGGAACUGGCCGGCGACUGCGGACAAUCUUCAUGGCAGCGCAGUCUUUGACGGAUCCGACUACUCUAUGUCUGGUGACGGUGCAUACGUCGACAGUGGCCCCGUAGUGCUUUCGCCCUCCCUUUCGCUUCCUCAUGGAUCAGGAGGAGGUUGUGUCACGUCUGGUCCUUUUGUCGACUGGCAGACGACCAUGCAGGUCAUCCCCACCAGCUACAUUAUCCAGGGUCUUCCACUGCCAGACACAGCUUUCCAGUUGAACCAGAGCUGCCUCACCCGGGAUCUCAACAGUUAUGCCGCUCAGACCUAUACAAACACCACUGCCCUCGAACUGUGCUUGGAAGCCGAAGAUAUGGAGUCCUUUGACACUCAAAUCAAUGGCGUUAUUGGCGGCGGCACACUGGGAUUACAUUCUGGUGCUCAUUUCGUCGUGGGAUCUCCUGGCUCGUCGAUCUACGUCUCGGUGAUGGAUCCCAUUUGGUGGGCUCUCCACGCCUUCUUGGACAAUCUAUACACAUCGUGGCAGCUCCGCCAUCCUGACAUCGCAGAUACCCUCUUUGGUACUGAAACAGCUGUCAAUCUUCCACCGAGUGACAAUGUUACGCUCGACACUAUCCUGCCUAGCUGGGGAUACUUCCAGGAAGCGCCAAUUGCGGUGCGAGAUCUCAUCAGCACCACGGAUGGUCCCUUCUGCUACGAAUAUGAUGUUCCUUUGUGA